UUACCAACAUCUCUUUCAGCAGGAUGUUGGCUGGCUCAACCUCACCAUGGGAGAACCAGUUAACGGAACUGUGACAACAGCUUCAGGGGCAGGGGUGUCUAACAGCAGUGCUACGCCAGGGCUAUGCGAGCAGGUACAAAUCCAAGCGGAGGUGUUCCUAGCCCUGGGUAUCGUCAGUCUGCUGGAAAACAUUUUGGUCAUCUCAGCGGUGAUGAAGAAUAAAAACCUACACUCCCCCAUGUACUUUUUUUUAUGCAGUUUAGCAGCAGCAGACAUGCUGGUGAGCGUCUCCAACUCACUGGAAACAAUUUUCAUCGCAGUGCUCAACAGUCGGCUCUUGAGGGUAAGCGACCGUUUUAUCCAGCUGAUGGAUAAUGUUUUUGACUCCAUGAUCUGCAUCUCUCUGGUGGCUUCCAUCUGCAACCUGUUAGCUAUUGCAGUCGACCGGUACGUCACCAUCUUUUACGCCCUGCGUUACCACAGCAUCGUGACGGUGCGUCGGGCAAUCGCAGCGAUCAGCGGGAUCUGGUUGGCUUGCAUUGUUUGUGGCAUCGUUUUUAUCGUCUACUCAGAAAGUAAGAUGGUCAUCGUGUGUCUCAUUACCAUGUUCUUUACAAUGCUGGCGCUGAUGGCCACUCUUUACGUACACAUGUUUCUGCUCGCCCGACUCCACAUCCAGCGCAUUGCCGCCCUGCCCCCGGCGGCCGCCAUCGCCGCUGGCCACGUGGUGCCACGGCAACGCACCUGUAUGAAGGGGGCAGUGACCAUCACCAUCCUCCUGGGAGUGUUUGUGUGCUGCUGGGCACCUUUUUUCCUUCAUCUCAUCCUGUUGGUGACAUGUCCGCAUCAUCCAGUCUGCGUCUGCUACAUGUCUCACUUCACCACUUACCUGGUGCUCAUCAUGUGCAACUCUGUCAUCGAUCCCAUUAUCUACGCCUUUCGCAGUCUGGAGAUGAGAAAGACCUUCAAGGAGAUCCUUUGCUGCUUUGGUUCCAGUUGCCAGGCGUCACUUUGA